UGGCUUCUGCAAUAAUCUAGUGAUGGACAGGAGUAGCCGGUUUCUUACAAGAAUUACACCUGGAUUGGGUGUUAGGAUAGAUUAUUGAUGAAGCGGCGGAAAUAUUCUAGUGUUUUUGGACUUAUCAGAAAGAAAAAUGAAGUGAUGGUGGUGUAAGGAAUCUGGUAAUUGACAGUGAAACUUGCAUGUUAGAGGAAUAGACCUCUUCAAAAUCCAUCCCUGGUUUGGGUUGAUUCCCCCAGUUUCCAAAUUUUAAGAAAAUCUGCGAAUAGAUAAUAUCGCCAAGAUGAUGUGCGAUGUGAUGCCCACGAUAUCUGAGGAUGGUACGAAUGAUAGAGACUCACAGGAUUGUGGGGAGGACUCGAACUUUGAACAAUUGAUGGUGAAUAUGUUGGAUGAGAGAGAUAAAUUGAUGGAAACUCUUGGCGAGUCUCAAGAAGCUUUAUCGCGAACGCAAGCAAAGUUAGCCGAAAUAGAAAAAGACCGUGGUUAUCUUCAGAAACAACUGCAGAUGACAACGCCACAGGAAUUAGCAACAGUUACCAAAGAAUUAAAUCAAUCCCGAGACCAACUUUUGGAAAGAGAGGAAGAAAUAGCUGAAUUAAAAGCCGAAAGAAAUAAUACAAGGUUAUUACUAGAACAUUUAGAGUGUUUGGUAUCAAGACACGAACGAUCUCUAAGAAUGACUGUGGUCAAACGACAAGCAACAUCACCAGCUGGUGUUUCUAGUGAAGUUGAGGUGCUAAAAGCCUUAAAGUCAUUAUUUGAACAUCAUAAAGCCCUGGAUGAAAAGGUACGAGAGAGAUUAAGAGUAGCAUUAGAAAGGGUUGCCCAGUUAGAAGAAGAACUAGCCACAGCUAACCAAGAGUUAUUUACGUUGCGAGAACAGCAAACUAAAUCACGACACUCCAGUGGUAGUAUUGAUGAUGGCGGCAAACUUACGAAAGUGGCAGCCAUUGAAGCCAGUCAACCUGCAGAAACAGCAGCUAAUAAUGAAAACAAAGAGCAGUCCCACCCAAAGAGAUUAUCCAAUGGUUCCAUAGAUCCUGAUUCUGAUGUGAAUCGGGUCAUAGAAUUGCAAGAGACAGUGGAAAAACAGAACUCCGAACUCACGUCUGCUCGUACAAAAAUGUUAGAAAUAAAUAACAAAUUCACGGAACUGGAAGAAAAUUUUUCAACAACCCAGAAAGAGUUGAUUAAAGCUCAGGAACAAGUUGUUAAAUUAGCACGAGAUCUGAGAGAGUCCCAGUGUCAAAAAGAAGAUCAGGAAGAAAGAAUAGCUACAUUAGAAAAACGUUACUUGAAUGCUCAGCGUGAAUCAACAACUGUCAUGGAUCUAAAUGAUAAAUUAGAAUCGGAUCUAGCCUCUAAAGAAGCACAAUUUAAAGCUAGUGAAGAAAAAUAUAGGGCAUUAGUAGAAAAGUUUGAAUUAGCCGAACAAAAAUUAUCUCAAUAUCAGAAGAAAGCUAAUGCUUUACCUACUAUAGAGGCUGAAUUACAACAGAGGAUGGAUGCUUUAAGUCAGGCUGAAGAACGACAUGAAUCAACAGAAGAAAGAAUUGAGUCAUUAGAACAAAAAUUAGGUGAUAAAGAAUCAGAAUUACAAAGGGCUAGACAGAGAGAAAAAAUGAAUGAAGAGCAUAAUUCUAGAUUGUCAGCAACUGUUGAUAAAUUAUUAACUGAAUCCAAUGAACGUUUACAACUCCAUCUGAAAGAAAGAAUGCAAGCUUUAGAAGAAAAGAAUAAAUUAACUCAGGAAUUAGAACGAACAUGUAAAUUGUUAGAAGAAACAAUGCAAGAAAAGGAAAGGAUUAAUGAUGAUUUAAAUCAAUAUCGUAAUGAAAUAGAAACAUUACGAAUGCAAAUGGAUCACUUUAUGAGAACUGGUUUUGCAUUAGAAGAGAGUGUAGCUAGACGACAUCAACGAGGACGGGAGCAGGCUCUCCUAGAUGAUCCAGCUAAGGUUAACACAUUAAAUGAACAGGAAUGGGAGAAGAUCCAACAAGCCCACGUUCUUGCCAAUGUACAACAUGCGUUUGAUACUAGUGAUACUGAAGGAACAGACGACAAUGAGUCAAUAUUUGGAGCUGUAGAUCUUCUGUCCCCCUCAGGCCACACAGACGCCCAAACCUUAGCCUACAUGCUGCAGGAACAGCUUGAUGCAAUCAAUAAUGAAAUUAGAUUAAUUCAAGAAGAAAAAGAAAGUACAGAGCAAAGAGCAGAAGAACUGGAAAGCCGGGUAGGCAGUGGCAGCUUAGAUGCAAUUGCUAAUAGAUGGCGCUAUGAUCGCUCCCCGCCACUCAGUGGCCAGUCCACUCCUACACCCCGAACAUAUCAGUCACGAGAUUUACUUCAAAAAUAUGCCACAGCCCCAGCUGGUAUGAGUGCUUCACAAAUGUAUACUUAUUCUACAUCUAGUCCACAACUAGCUACUAGUGCGGAAAAUUCUGCUAAUCCGCCUCAAUACAGUAGAGAUGAUAGUACCCUUAGUGCUCAAGAAGAAAGUCGGCAAAUCAAAUGUGAAUCUAGUCCACCUACACCACGUUCUUUACGAUUAGAACGUGUAGCUGCUGCCCUCGCACAAAGUAGUGAUGAUUCUUCUAGUUCUGGUAAAUUACACGAUUUAACUCAAGGCACUGCCAGUCCAUUGGGUAGUAUACAUAGUAGUCAAGAUUCUUUACAUAAACAUCCCAAAAAGAAAGGUUUAAAAGGUUCUCUAGGUAGAUUCUUUAGUAAAAAAGAAAAAAACAAAAUGAAACAAGAUCAUCAGAGAGAACUAGCUGCUGCCUAUGAAUCGGCCGAUGGUUCCGGUGAUUCGUUAAGUGUUGGUUUAGGUCAAUCAGAAUUUGAUAGAAGAAAAAAGAAAAAGCAUGAAUUAUUGGAAGAAGCUAUGAAAGCUAGUACACCAUUUGCAUUAUGGAACGGUCCUACGGUUGUAGCUUGGUUAGAAUUAUGGGUAGGCAUGCCACCAUGGUAUGUGGCAGCAUGUAGAGCAAAUGUUAAGAGUGGUGCCAUUAUGUCCGCUCUAUCAGAUACAGAAAUACAGCGAGAAAUAGGUAUUAGUAAUCCUUUACAUCGGCUCAAGUUACGUCUAGCUAUACAAGAAAUGGUCAGUUUAACCAGUCCAUCUGCUCCAAAAACUUCCAGAACUACUUUAGCAUUCGGUGAUAUGAACCAUGAAUGGAUAGGAAAUGAUUGGUUACCAAGUCUAGGUUUACCUCAAUAUAGAAGUCAUUUUAUGGAAUGUUUAGUUGAUGCUAGAAUGUUAGAUCAUCUUACGAAAAAAGAUUUACGAGGUCAACUUAAAAUGGUUGAUAGUUUUCAUAGAACUAGUUUACAAUAUGGUAUAAACUCUUUAAAGAAACUAAAUUAUGAUAAAAAAGAAUUAGAAAGAAGAAGAGAGGAGAGUGCAAAUGAAUUAAAAGAUGUAUUAGUAUGGUCUAAUGAACGAGUUAUAAGAUGGUUACAGAAUAUUAAUUUAAAAGAGUAUGCGCUUAAUUUACAUGAAUCAGGUGUACAUGGUUCCUUAGUAGCUUUAGAUGAAAGUUUUGACCAUAAUUCUAUGGCAUUAGCCUUACAAAUACCUACACAAAAUCAACAGGCACGUCAAAUAUUAGAAAGAGAAUUCAACAACUUGUUGGCCAUCGGCACGGACCGCCGAUUGGACGAGGUAGUGACUAAUAUAACCAGAAAAACGGGUGAAGGUGGCAAGUUUAGACGUGCGCCAUCCUGGCGCAAAAAAUUUAGGACAAAGGAUGGCAAAAGUCGUGAAGGUGGGGAGGAGGGUGGUGAUACUACAGGGGAAGUUGGAAAACAAUCACCCCAACAUAUACGGCGUAGUGGGACUGAUUCCUCAAUGUCACGUAGUAGAACGGCAACAACGGAACCAAAUUACUGAUAUUAACUUAUUGUGUAGGAAUAUUAGUUAUUUAUUGACUACCGUGUGUUAUAAUCGUGUAUAUUAUGUCAAAGGGAUCAAAAUGUGUGUUCGGUCACAAAUUACGCAAGGUUAGAUUCAAAUUGCAAGGUUGAAAUUGGCUUUGAAAUAAGGAAAGUGAAUUGUGUAUUAAAUGUAUAUGAAGAAAGGAAUUCAAGGACAGCCAUUGACUGUUGAAUAUCUGCUACUCAAUUAAAAGACAAGCAGAUCUGGGAAGAAAGGGAGAUAAUACUUCAACAGCGAGUCAAACAGUGUGUUCAGAUGCCAAAACUAUGAUGAAUAAUUACUGCUGUUUACUAUCUGUUUUCUUCUCUUUCUUCAUUCAAUUCAUUCCAUUUAGCUCUGUUUUAAAUGAAUGUUUUUUCUACUUAAUGACCGAUCAACUCAUUGUCAAUUUCAACACUUGUCAAUUUUGUCUUUUAACUUCACCUUUACUUAAAGAAUAUAAGUACUGUAGUAAUCUCAUAUACAUUGUACCAGUGAAUGUGUCCAUUACUUAAUUAAACUCCAUUGUAUAUAGGUAUAUCAUUAACAUUAUUGUUCUGUUUGUUUUAUUUAAAUAGUAUAAUGAUAUAGGUAGUAAAGAUUGUGUUAAUUUGAACUCUACCUAUGACUCGCAUUGUAAUUUAUAAUAGAAGGCCUAUUAUUCACAAUAAGGCCACACGAAUUUGAUUUUUUGUUCUUCAGGAAUACCUGUUAAAAUUUUGCUUCUUAUUUCUUCAGGAAUAACACUAAUCUAAAAACCAAUAGUACAUAAGGGGCUAUUUAUUUAUCAAGACCCUGAAGAACAGAUAAGCAAAUUGGUUUGGCCUAAGUAGUAGAAUUAAAUUCAGUGUCCAUUGGUUUAUAUCAGUUCAUUUUGGUUUAAUAGGCAAAUUUUCAGACUAAAAAGUACACCCAUGUUACAGCGAAAAGCCAUGUAGUGCACUUUUAAUUAGUCUUGCAACAGUUAAAAAAAAUGGAACCGGUUAAUUCUUGUGACAAAAUCUAGCUGACACCAGUUAAUCCCCGCCCAAAAUAUGUAUUAUUAAUAAUAAUAAUAUCACUUUAUUUGGAGUACUAAUUUCAAUUAAUCUCACAGCCAUAUUGAAUAAAAUAUGGUCUUGUGCAGGGCAUCUUGGUACAGUAAAAAGGAAGCGAUCUAUAUAUAACGUGACAGUCAAUCAUAACAGUUUUUAUAUUGCCUGUCUACCACAAUCUGAUGUUAAACGCAAUGUGCUGUUUAUGGCACAGAUACAGUUACAUCGUGAAUCGCCUGUGCAUUUAACAAUUCGGCCUAAUGUUAUCAGUUGGUGAUUAUAAAUAAUUGUAACAUUAGGUCUAGUUUGUGUAUCAAUCUGUUUUGAUUGUGAUCACACUAACCUCUUGAUGACAUGCAUAUAAUUUAUUUAAAAUUAAGGCCAGUGCUAUGCAGAAUAUGUAUUAGAACAGUGUAUCUAUAACUUUAAAGAUUAAAAUAAAGCACAGGGGUGUUUUGGGGUUUUUUUGAUAAAAAAUUAAACCAUGAAACGGUACUUGUCUAUAGAAUCUUGCUCUAAGUGCCUAUUUUAAAAUCACCUGCCAAAUGUUGGUUUAUGUAGUGCUAAAUACAAUUCUAGCAAAGAUGAUGGUAUAAGCUAUGGACAUAUGAAAACAAGCGGACUUAGAUUCUGUUUUAAGUACAUUUAGUAGAAAUACAAUGUAGUAACAUUAUUAUUAUGCAAAUGAUGAAUAGAAUGAAAGAUUUCGUAUUUGUUAUUGUAUGAUUUUUUACGAUUUCCAAACUACUAUUAAUUAUGAUUUUAAAUAGUGUUGACCUGGUGAUACUUUCUUUUGUAAUGUUUCUGUGAUGGAGUGCUUUCGUUAGAAAUAUAUUCCUUUAUAAAAGAACCGAAUUCUCCACAAAAAAGUCAAUGAAGUAUUAAAGUGGAAUUUACAUUGAACAUAUCCAAGCCAAAAGCUUAUUGAUGUGGAAACUAUUUUCUGAUUAGUUGUCUUAAUUUUUCCUUCCAGAAUGUUGAAGAACUAAAUGCAGACCAAACAAACACUCUCAGUUUCAAUAUCUUAAAAAUCUAAUCCAUGUGACAAUAAAUUUCUGAGAGAGAAUAAUUAUGGAAGAACAUUCCAAAUCCUACUUAAAAAAAAAAUAAUUUAAAAAUCAAAAUAUAUAGCGUUUCAGUGUGGUGUAAUAUAAACUUGUAAUGUUAUUAACUUAUUGAGUGAAUGUGCUGAAAUGUGAUGUAAAUGACAGUAUAUAAUCUCACCCUUGAUCCCUGUAACAGCUUCUCUCCCGUCUCCCAAAAUAUUGCCCCUCCCCAAUACCAGAAGAGAACAAUAUCAAUUGUCUGAGCUUUACAAUGGCCAGCGCUUGGUUGUGACAAUUUAUUUAGAUACCAAGAUUGUGUGUCUUACACGGUUCUGUCCAUUUUAUCAUUUUUCUGUUUUGAUUUUUAUUCAUUUCUUAGAGUGUAUUUUUUCAUUUGCUUAUGUGCAACUUUACAGCAAAAUCAUUAAAUUAUGGUUAAAGGAGCAGUUCAAGAUAUAUUUUACUUAAUAGAACUGGUUAAGUUGGGGUAAAAAGAAUUUUGCAAACCUUUAUACAAUUCCUGUGUAACACAUUCUUUUAGUUUCCAAGUUAGGUUGGCCGGAAGUCCUUUGGCUGUAAGUGCCUUGUUGAUACUUACAUAGUUAUAGUGAAAUAUGAUCGUCACAAUUUUAAAGUCAUUCAUGCAAUUGAAAAAAUUAAGCAGAAUUUUCCAAUCGGCUUAAUAUUUUGAUUUGAAUUUUUGAGACAGGUAACUUAGGCUAUUUCAUCACAUGUGAAAUCGGGGACUGCUCCUUUAAUUGUGUCUGUUAUUUAUUCCAAGAUCUGAACAGUUUAUGUGCAUGUAGGUUUUUAACUCUUCCAAAAAUCAGUUUCAAUUGCUGUUACAUUUCUUUCAUCAGAUAUGUUUAUUCAGACAGAAAAUAUUUCUACCUCUUGAUAACAAGGUAAUCUUUGCUUUUAACUUAUGUAUAUAUACAUGAAGUCAAAAUUAAGCAAAUUUCAAGGGUAAGUUUUUUAAGGAACAUUUUUUUGAACUCGUAUAAACAAAUGAGUAUAUUUCUUUUGAAGAUGUAAUACUCGCAUACAAAUUAAUUGAAAACCUUGUGUACAAAUAAGAAGUUUUGUAUUCUUAAGGGAUAUUUUUCUACAUUGAGUGAUAUCUCAUAAAUUUUUCAAAUUAACUUUUGAUUUGUCAUUUACUAUGAUUUGUGUUUAUCUGAAUGUUCUACUCUGUCCAAGUGCAAUAUUGAGUUUGCUGUGUUUUUGUUUUUUUUAAUAUUUCUAAAUUGUUUUCUUCAUCUCUAUCACUAGAUCUUUAAUUUUUAUAAUCAAUGUUUCAUGUGGAGAGAUCUACAUUUUGGUAUGCUAGUAUUUUAAUGUUAUUUUGUUUACUGGGCAAACAAUGAUAUAUAACAUAAUGUUUAUAUCUAAAGAUACACAUUAUUAAUGUAUCAUAAGGUGCAAAAACUAUGAAAGAAAUGAUGAUGUGUAUCCAUACACAAACUAUACUAAGCAAUUUGUUACUGUAUUAUAUUUUUUUGUAAAAAAUAAAAUUCCAUAUUCAUUUUUGGGUGUAGUAACAUAAUAUUUCAUGUUAUUAUUAUGUUAAAAUAUUAUGUUUCAUACAUAAUUCACCACGAAAAAUGAAUUCACACUUUUGUAUUUAAAUUGUAUUAUAUUUGUUUAUAUUAUGUAUGUAUUAUCAGAGUCAAUAGUUUUAACCUUAUACUAUGAAUAAUAUACAAUAUCAUUAUAUAGUUCAUUAUACAAUCUUAUACAAUUAAUUUAUAUACAACUAUUCUGAAUAUUUUAUAUUAAAUCUAUUGCUACUAUUGGAAAACAAAUCCAAAUUUUGUUAUUAUAUUAAAUUAUGCCCAUUCUUUUUAUCUUUGUUACAGGUUUUUUGCUGAUUUUAUCCAAUUAAAUAGAUCUCUUUAAUAUAAAUCUGCAUAAAAAAAUUUCUGUAUAAUUUCAUAAGAAAUUGUAUAAUAAUAUCUUUGAAAAAUUAAUUUGAUUAAACAUCCAGUGGUUUAUGCUUACAUAUGGCUUUGAUAUUAAAUUGUCAAAAGAAUUGUUAAGGCCUUUGGCAUUCAUGGAGCUUUUUGAAAUGAACUCAUUUUAAGAUGCCUUCAUAACAAUUUACCUCUUAAUUAAAUAUUAUAUACCACAGGGAACCUCAAGUUAACGGUAUGUUAUAUACAUGUACUCAACUUGAAUUAUUCUCAAGUUCAACAUAUUAUUAUUAUUAUUAUAAUAAUGAACUAUAUCAUUUAUUAUUAGUUAUUAUUAUGGCAUAAUAUACCAAAUUAUUAUAUAGUUCAAUUUACUGUCUCUUUAGAUAAUCAUGUUGAAAUUCAUUCAAUCUUAUAUUCCCUUGAACUUUCCUAGACAUAUAUUACAUAAUGACAUUAAGCGGGAAAAAAUUAUUUAAAAUAUGAGAUAAAAAGAUCAGAAGGGAAUUAAUUUAAUUCUUUGUUAAAGCGUAAACUUAUAAUAUCUUAAAUCAAGUAUAAAAGGCUUUUCAGAAUGUUCACAUCAUUUUUGUGCUCCAGUCGAUCAUUGAUCAUUAUGUAGUAAUAUUAAUAGUUAAAAAUAUUUGGACCUCAUUGUGUAUUUCUUAGGUCAUUAUGCAUGCAGUUGAACAUUUCAUAAUGUAUAGAAUAUUGUAAGGCUAUAUAGAAACUGUGUGUAUAUCAUAAUAUAACUACUUCAGAUAAUAUAUUCAAAUAGGAAAAUCAGAAAAUAUUGUAUUGUGCCAUAUUAUAAUGUAUACUUAGAGUGCGUAAUAUCUGUGUAAUUAGUCUCCAAAUCAUGGUAAUCUCCCUCUUCUCUUCUCUCUACAUACCCCCCACCCCCACCCCAUUUCUACUACAUUAAACGAUAUUGUUAUGUUGUGAAAUCUCAAUGUAUGCAUGAUGAUACCUAGGAAGUUAUCACCUUAUGUUGUUAAAGUACUGUAGUAUAUAUAACAUAUAUUAUAAUAUUGUACAUUAUGUAUUAUACUUGAACAUAUCAAUGUUAUUUCCUAGUUAAUCAAAUCCUUAUCACAUACACAAAAUAUGCUGUGGCCUUGCAAUAACAUCAUUUUAUCAGGAGUGAGCUUGGCUUGUGUCUGUCAAAAGUAUAGUUGCCAGUUGAGUACGCAAAUUAAGCAUAAUGAUCGGUAUUAAGGAAUUGUUCCAUGGAUUUAAAUAUUCCUGGAACGAUACCAUCCAUUCUCAGUACAAACAAAUUGCAAGAUUUCUGUGAAGUUAGCAGUUUAUUGUGUUUAAAAGCAGACGGAAAGCUUGGUGCUGUUUUAAAAAUAAACGCCAUCUUGUAAUUAUAUAAUUAUGUUAAUGUUUAAUAAUAAAAAAUGCAUGUAUGUAUGUACCUAAAUAAUGUUCAUGUGUACAUAUAUAAUAAUAAUAAUAAUAACUGAUGGCUCACAACUAAACUUUUGAUUGAUAUGAUUAUACAUACUACUGUGUCAAAGAAUUAUAAUAACAUUGAUAAUUAAAUACAGGGGCUGGGGCCCUAGGCUAGACUUCUUAAAGGGGGCAGCAACUUGUAGAGGAGAAAUCUUUGUGUGUUUUCUUACCUUGUUAGCAUGCAUCAUCCCUCGGAAACCAUCAGUAUCUGUAUUUUACUUUGAGAGAUAUAUAAGUUGAGCACCUUUCUAUUAUGUUUGUAUUAAUAGAGUGUAGAGAAUGUUUGCCUACUCAGGGUGUACCAUCUCAACAAGUAGCUGUCAUCAGAUCUUGUGCGUUUUGUUAUGUUUUUCCUCCAUUUUUACAUUGUGUACUGGCAUGUUAAGGUCCUAUUAUUUGGACCACUUGACUGUGACAUAUUUUUUUAUAUUGGCUGUUAUUUAGCAGAUGUCUAGAACAGCCUCACAUCCACAUUAUCAACCAUUUAGGAUGAAAUAAAUGAUAAGUACAAGGAAA